AUGGAGACACUGAAAAACCUUUGGUCGUCCAGAAAACUCUGUGAUGUCGUUCUCCGUGUUUCGCGAUCUAAAUACCACUGCCAUCGAGCGGUUCUGGCAUCGUUCAGUCCUUUCUUUACAGGACUGCUUCUUGGAGACUUCAAGGAGGGCCAAGACAAGAACGUGUGGUUAAACGACGUCUCGUCUAAGAUCGUGGACGAACUCUUGACCUACGUCUACACAGGAUCUUUCACUGUCACAAGAUCUAACGUAGAGAGACUAGUCCACACAGCGACUCUCUUUCAGUUACCGCUAGUUGUUACAACCUGUUGCCGGUAUCUUUCCAAGCAGCUUUGCGUCGAAAACUGUUUCGGGAUCUGGGUCUUCGCCGAGGCAUACUGCUGCUUAAAUCUAGCGGAAGAAGCGAGGUGUCUUGCCCUGGAUAGUUUACCACGUGCGGCGAGGGUUGGGGAUCUAGACGUUUUGUCGUUUGACCAUGUGUUGUUCUUGAUUACGGACGAGCGUUGUGUGUGGUGCACUGAGGUUUUGUACGAAGUGGUGAUGCAAUGGGCACGAGGAGAAAGAACCAGACGUGAACACCAUCUACUGGCGCUGAUGCGUUGUCUCGACCUCUCUCGGGUGAACCAAGACUUCUUCAACCACCAAAUCAAGAAGGACCCAUUCCUCAACAUGUCUCCAGAAUGUCUCCAGCUCGUUCUGGAUGCGGAACAGGAGAUGAACGAACGCAAACAACGCCGCCUGCCGGGUGAACUUAUAGCGCAGGUGGGCGGGACGUGCUACGAUCAGACCACGGGAGAAGUCCACAACAUUUCCUACAUCGACUGUCUGGACGUGAAGAAAAACUCUCGAGUUGUUUUGACCGAUCUGCCGCCGAGUCUGGACACGGGGAACUGUUACCUCAACGUCCUAAGCAUUGACGAUGCCAUCUACGUACUUUCCUCCAUGGAAAGACUGCAAUACGACUCUGAAAAAGAGAUGGAGUUUUGGCGCUACUCCACCUCUUCUGACACCUGGGCGCGCCUUCCCGACCCUCUUACCUUCCACGAGGGCCACUGCGGUUUCGUGGCAGUCCAAGGACGAAUCUACGCCAUAGGCAGUAACCUCCUGGCCGAGAAAGAUCAGUUCUACUACGAGGCGUACACCCUGAGGGAUAACUGCUGGUCUAUGGUCCCGCCCGUACCACAUACAGUACACAAGAUAGUGGCCGUCUCUUGUCAGGAUAAACUUGUGGUACUCGGAUACUACGAGGGAUGGUCCAAGAACUAUUAUAUACAGACACGUCAUAGAGGAACGUGGGACUAUUACGAAGUGGAGGCGUACCACGGCGGAAAGCCCCAGUUCCAGGCGGCGUGUGUAGGUACCCGGAUCUACCUGCUCCCCACGCUGGGCAGGCUGCUCAAACAGAUGUGCGCCUUCGACGUGGAGACGUCCGAGUUUUACAUGGUUCCUGUUCCGUCGUACAGCCCCCUACAGUGCGGCAUGACAGUGUUGGACGGGCAGGUAGUGGUGACAGGAGGGAGAGACCAGGCCGUCUCCGCGUACUCUUCCAACGCCGUAGAGGCAUAUGACAGUGACGGUAAGAAGUGGGUGCGGAUUGGAUGGCAGGGUGAGCCUGUGAGACGAGCACACAGCUGUGUGACUAUACCUAACUGUCAGUGGAUACAACAGAGACUAGAGAAACAGGAACACACAGAGAAGGAGGAGAAUAACUAG